AUGGAUCCGUUCGGGAGGGUGUUCUACAUUGGAGUGCCAACGCGGACAACUAGAACCGAAACUUUUGCACAUGCAUGCUUCUCUAAGCGGUCGAGGUAUGGAAACAGUGAAAUCGCUGUUGUAGAGGUAUGUGGUGCAAGGGUCAGUGGUACCGUCAUAUGGUUUCAUGUUGGGGAUAGUGAAAUUUCGGGGCAUGUCAGCCAGGGCGAUCUCAUCGCAAAGGGUGAAUCAGCGUGUUGGUUUGGUGUUGGGUUGGGAUUGGCUUCAGGGCAAAGUGUGAGUAAAUGGGGGUCUUGUUCUUCCAUGGAAGGUGUCACAGGUGAGCAGAUUGUUCGAUUGAUGAGGCUGGUGGUUGAUGGAAGCAGAGCAAGAUCACCUUUGAUGUUCCCUUAUUAUCUAAGUGAGAAAACACGGAUGUUAUUGACAAGUGCUGCAUUUGUUCACUUAAAGAACUCUGAUAUUUCCAAACACACACGGAACCUUUCGCCUGCGAGUAGGACUAUUUUGCUUUCAGGACCUGCUGAACUGUAUCAGCAAAUGCUUGCCAAGGCCUUAGCCAAUUUCUUUGAGGCAAAGCUGCUGUUGUUAGAUAUCCCUGACUUUUCCUUAAAGAUGCAGCACAAAUAUGGCUAUGGCAAAAAGGAAACUGCCUUCAAGAGGUCCAUCUCAGAGAUGACAUUAGAGCGAAUGUCCAGUUUGUUUGGAUCCUUUUCACCACUUUCUUCAAAGGAAGAAGCGAAGGCAACAUUGCGCCGGCAAAGCAGUGGUAUGGAAGGUUCUAGUAAUGCUCCACUCCGCAGAAAUGCCUCUGCUGCAUCUGAUAUGAGUAGCGUCUCUUCUCUUUCUGCCCCAACAAAUGCAGCUUCCCUCAAACGCUCAAGUAGCUGGUGUUUUGAUGAGAAACACUUUCUGCAGUCACUGUACAAGGUGUUGGUUUCAAUGUCAGAAACCGGUUCAGUAAUUUUAUACCUCAGGGAUGUUGACAAGCUUCUCCUUCAGUCACAAAGGUUAUACAAUUUGUUUGACAAAUUGUUGAAGAAACUUUCGGGUUCAGUGGUUAUACUUGGUUCGAGGAUGUUGGAACAAGGAGAUGAUUGCAGGGAUGUGGAUGAGAGGCUCAGUAUGUUGUUCCCAUACAAUAUUAAAAUCAAAGCCCCUGAAGAAGAAAACCAUCUAGUUAACUGGAAAGCCCAACUGGAAGAGGAUAUGAAGAGACUCAAGUUUCAAGAUAACAAGAACCACAUUGCUGAGGUUCUUGCAGCAAAUGAUCUUGAUUGUGAUGAUUUGGGUUCAAUCUGCCAUGCAGACACAGUGGUUCUCAGUAAUUACAUAGAAGAAAUCGUGGUAUCAGCAAUAUCUUAUCAUUUGAUGAAUAAUAAGGAUCCAGAGUACAGAAAUGGAAAGCUUGUUAUAUCAUCCCAGAGCUUGUCCCAUGGAUUGAACAUCUUUCAGGAAGGCAAAAGUUCUGGGAAAGAUACCCUCAAACUGGAGACCAAUGCUGACAGUUCCGAGGAAUCUGAUGGGGGAGAGCCUGUAACUGCAAAGACUGAAUCAAAGACUGAAAAUUCAGCAUCUGAAAGCAAAAGCGAGAUAGAAAAAUCAGUUCCUGUGGUGAAGAAGGACAGCGAGAAUGCUCCAUCAGCCAAGGUUGAAGUUCCUCCUGACAAUGAGUUUGAGAAACGCUUAAGGCCAGAGGUUAUCCCUGCAAAUGAGAUUGGAGUGACUUUUGCUGAUAUUGGAGCCUUGGAUGAGACUAAAGAAUCACUACAGGAGCUCGUCAUGCUCCCUCUGCGGAGACCAGACCUCUUCAAAGGUGGGCUUCUUAAGCCCUGCAGAGGUAUCUUACUAUUUGGGCCACCUGGUACUGGGAAAACCAUGCUGGCAAAGGCCAUUGCAAAUGAAGCUGGAGCAAGUUUCAUCAAUGUCUCAAUGUCAACCAUCACUUCAAAAUGGUUUGGAGAAGAUGAAAAGAAUGUUCGAGCAUUAUUCACUCUUGCAGCAAAGGUCUCCCCAACUAUAAUUUUUGUGGAUGAGGUUGAUAGCAUGCUUGGGCAGAGAACUAGAAUUGGAGAGCAUGAGGCCAUGAGGAAGAUUAAGAAUGAAUUCAUGACUCACUGGGAUGGGCUGUUGACAAAAGCUGGUGAGAGAAUUCUUGUUCUUGCUGCAACCAACAGACCUUUUGACCUUGAUGAAGCCAUUAUCAGGCGUUUUGAGCGCAGAAUUAUGGUUGGUCUGCCAUCAGUCGAAAACAGGGAAAUGAUCUUGAAAACUCUUCUGUCAAAGGAAAAGGCAGAAGAUAUCGACUUCAAGGAGCUUGCAGUUACAACAGAAGGAUAUACCGGAAGUGAUCUCAAGAACUUGUGUGUGACAGCAGCGUAUCGACCUGUUAGAGAGUUGAUACAGAAGGAGAGGAUGAAGGAUAUGGAAAGGAAGAAAAGAGAGGCAGCAGGGAAGAGCUCUGAAGAUGCUUCAGACUCAAAAGAAGAAGCCAAAGAAGAAAGCAAAGAGGAGCGUGUAAUUGAAUUGAGACCUCUAAACAUGGAAGAUCUGAGGCAAGCAAAGAAUCAGGUUGCUGCAAGUUUUGCAUCUGAGGGAGCAGUAAUGAGCGAGCUAAGGCAGUGGAACGAAUUAUACGGAGAAGGAGGUUCAAGAAAGAAGGAGCAGUUAACUUACUUCCUGUAGUUGGUAGAAAGCAGGGAACU